AUUGACUUCAAUAAAGAGCAGUCUCAUAAUGUUCGAAGGAGGUUUGCUCCUUUUCACAAUACGCACUUUCACGGCCGUGUAAACUGUAUAUAGAUACUCCAGCAGGACUACCCAACACAACAAACUUCCCAACCACCACAAUCCUUCAGACCUUCAGUUCUAUCGCGGCCAUAUGGCUUCACUCCCAGGUCUCAACCUCGCCGCAGCCUCUGCAGAACCCGCAAAUUUAACCUCCACAUCUACCGAAACACGUCAACAAGACCUCGCCGCAAACACCGAGUACCGCUUCGAAGUCUCAUUCUCACGAACCCUCACCAUCCGGCUGCGGACUGGCACCGCGGAGUUCUUCGGCACCGAGCUCGGCCCAUCAACAACUUACAGCUUCAAAGGGACGAAGGGAGCAAUAUACACAUGGCAUGGGUGCUCUUUAGAGAUCGGCGGAGAGGCCGAAUCGGAAUAUGUGGCUGAGGAGACAACCAUGAUGAGCUACGCGAAUGCACAUUUUGCAUUAGAGGACCUAAGGGACAAGGCGAUGCAGAGCAAUGAGGCAGGGCCGAGAGUGCUAGUUGUUGGACCCGACAAUUCAGGAAAGACAAGCUUGGUGCGGAUCCUUACGAGUUAUGCUCUCAAGAUGGAACGGCAGCCCGUAGUGGUAAAUCUCGACCCGAGAGAGGGAAUGUUAAGCGUGCCGGGAAGCCUAACAGCAUCGGCCUUCUCAGGUAUAUUGGAUGUGGAAGAAGGCUGGGGUAGUAGCCCUAUCUCUGGGCCAAGUCCCAUUCCUGUCAAGAUGCCACUGGGUUAUCACUACGGCCUGGGAAAUCCGGAGGAGGGAAAGCUGUAUAAGCCGUUGGUGACGAGGAUGGCGCUGGCGGUCCUGUCACGAUUGGAAGAGGAUAAGGCUUCGAAGCAUACGGGUUUCAUCAUUGAUACUCCAGGGUCGAUCAGCCAUGGCAAGGGAGGAGUUUACGAGAACAUAGAUCACAUAGUGUCCGAAUUCUCGGGUACGUGUGGUGUAUGUUUCGUAGGGAAACUGCUGACAAUCUCAGUCAACAUAAUAUUCGUCCUAGGAUCCGAGCGUCUCUACUCGGAUCUUUCUCGCAAGUACGGCCACCGCAGCGAAGAUCCCAUAUCUGUUGUACGGCUAGAUAAAUCGGGGGGCUGCGUAGACAGAGACGAGGCAUACAUGAAGCACUUCCGGCAGAAUCAAAUUCAUAACUAUUUCUUCGGUACCGAUGCGGAAAACACAUUGGCACCUUAUUCCCUUGUUGCGGACAUCGGGGACCUCACUAUUUUCCGGUUGGCAGAAUCUUCUGCCGUCGACCCCUCAUUCCGACCAGGAGACGACGAUGACGACGUUUAUGCCGCUUCGAAGAACAUAUACGAAAAGGUCAACCCAUCAUCUGCCAUGCAGAACUCACUCUUGGCUGUCACCACUGCCUCGCCCAAGGACCCCCAAGAGGUAAUACGGGAUGCCAGCGUGCAAGGCUACAUUUACCUCAUCGAGGUGGAUGAAACGAAGAAGAAAGUCAGGGUGUUAGUUCCGCAGCCAGGACAGUUACCCCCUAACGCACUGGUUCUUGGUAGUUUUCCCGAAGUGGUACCCGACCUUCUCAAUUAGUAAGAUAAAAGGUCAUAGGAGUCCGGGGAAAAUAGACAGGGAGGGAGGAGGGGACCAAUUGUUUGACUGCGAUGCAAAUGAUAAACGAGGCC